UCACAGGGACUCAUGGAUCCAGAAGCUGCGACCAAUGGGACUGCUGUUACUGAGUUCAUUCUGCUGGGCCUCGUUGAAACAGAGAAGUUGCAGUCUCUGGUCUUUGUACUUUUCCUCUUUGCCUACCUGCUCACAGUUGGGGGCAACCUCAGCAUCCUGGCUGCCAUCUUGGUGGAGCCUAAACUCCACACCCCCAUGUACUUCUUCCUGGGGAACCUAUCCUUUCUAGAUGUUGGAUGUAUCACCGUCACUGUUCCUGCAAUGUUGGGUCGUCUGCUGUCCCACAAGCGUACAAUUUCCUAUGAUGCCUGCCUCUCCCAACUAUUUUUCUUUUACCUUAUGGCUGGUGUGGACUGCUUCCUGUUGACAGCUAUGGCCUAUGACCGAUUUCUGGCCAUUAGCCGGCCCCUCACCUAUAGCACCCGCAUGAGCCAUUCAGUCCAGUGGAUAUUGGUGGCUGUGUCCUGGGCCUGUGCCCUCACCAAUGCACUGAUCCACACUAUUGCCCUAACUACACUCAACUUCUGUGGUCCCAAUGAGGUCAAUCACUUCUACUGUGACCUGCCACAGCUCUUCCCGCUCUCUUGCUCCAGCACCCAACUCAAUGAGCUGCUGCUCUUUGCUGUUGUGGAGGGCAGGAAGAAAGCCUUCUUCACGUGUGGCUCCCAUCUCACUGUGGUUUGCCUCUUCUAUGGGACUGGUAUCUUCAACUACAUGCGUCUGGGUACAGAGGAGGCUUCAGAUAAGGAUAAAGGGGUUGGGAUUUUCAACACAGUUAUCAACCCCAUGCUGAACCCACUCAUCUACAGCCUCAGGAACCCUGAUGUUCAGGGUGCCCUGUGGCGGGUGUUUGUGGGGAGGCGGUUGUUGACCUGA